UAAACCCUAUCAGGUCAAGCUGAUGACCUUUCUUGUGGCCGAGACGGUGGACUUCGUUGGGCAGAUUUAUGUAGAGACAACAGAGAAACGGAAAGGAGGAAGGUUUGGAGAUAAUACCGGCCAUCAAAAUCUCGGAGAGAGACGGCUAACGACAUCUUUUUCAUGAAUUUACCGCUCCCACCCAACCUGUACUCGCCACGGAGUGAUGGCCAGCACAUGAUGGCUGGGUAUUCACCACCAUACGGGGACCCACCUAGAAAAAAACCAAAAGUUGGAAACGACAGUAUGAAGAUUUACUUAGAACCUCCUUGUCCUGACUCCUCAAGAAACCCACAACAGAACCGUCCUUCAGCUGGCACACCUUACAUCCCCAGUUAUAUGGACCUAACCAAUGGUCCAGAACCAUGCGUGGUGUGCAGUGAUGCAGCAACUGGUUAUCACUACCGCUGUAUGACCUGUGAAGGCUGUAAGGGUUUCUUCAGAAGGACUAUUCAGAAAAAUCUUAAAUACCACUGUAAGUGGAACAAUAAUUGUAUCAUUGACAAGACAACCCGCAACCAGUGUCAAGAAUGCCGCUUUAGAAAAUGCUUGACUGUUGGCAUGGCAACUGAUUUGGUCCUUAAUGAGAAGCAGAGAGUAGCUAAGAGAAAAUUAAUCGAAGAAAAUCGUGAGCGGCGUCGCAUGGAACAGAUGCGUCUGAAGCUGAAACAAGAACACUGCAUGCACGACUCCAUGACUGAGGAUGACAAGAUGCUGGUCCAGGAUAUUGUGGCUGCCUAUGAGCAAACUUCUGUAAAUGUGACAAAAAAUUACACGAUACCUCGUUGUGAGGAUGAAGAGAAAUUGGAUCGAACAAACCCAGAGGUGUGGCAGCAGCUAGCCGAGAUAAUGACGCCAUCUAUUGUGAAAGUGGUUGAAUUUGCGAAACAAGUGCCAGGAUUUGUCAAUUUAAAUGUAGAUGACCAGAUUCUGCUUUUGAAGUCAUGCUGUAUGGAAAUUAUGUGUCUGCGAGCAGCAUGCCGUUAUAACCCAGAUGACCAGACCUUGACCCUACAGAGUGGCCUGACACUAAACAAGGCUCAGAUGAGAGGAGGGGGCUUUGGUCUCCUUGUGGAACCCAUCUUUGAGUUUGCUAUGAGCCUGGCCAAGUUAAAAUUGGAUAAGACUGAGAUUGCUCUGUUAGCUGCUGUGUUGUUGAUGCAGUCAGAUCGUACAGGUUUAAAAGAACCUGAAAGUGUGGAAAAGCUCCAGGAUGCUGUGUUGGGGGCAUAUAAACGCUAUAUAGCAGAACGCAGGCCAGACCAGCCAGUUCAUUGGGCAAAGAUUCUGAUGAAAGUCACGGAUCUUCGCACAAUCAGCACAAGACAUGCAGAGCGAGUUCUGUGCAUAAAAUUGGAUUGCCCCGGUGAAAUUCCACCACUGUUCCUGGAAAUGUUUGACGAAGGUGAGCAGCAGAAUAACGACAGGCGACAAGCAAUGGAGUUGCUGAAGACUGAACAGUCAAAUCUUGUCAAUCACAUGUUGCCUCCGCCUCCAAUGAGGCAUGAUCCAGGCUCCUACACAGUGCAGAUGCCUGACCAGAACCCAUUUCAUCCACAGUCGAAGCCAGAUCGAAUGUAUGCGUCCCCUCCACCAAAGUCAGAGGACCUCUAUAUCAACAGCUGUCAGUAAACUGCAAAAGACAGGAAGCAAAUCUGCGUUUGCCAUAUCUUUCUUAUAAUUGUCACUCCAGCUUUCUUCUUUGUGUGAACUUGAAUAGCCAUCAAAUAUAUUUCAACACUUGUCACAAGAAUAUCUUAAAAAGAUUUAUUUGGCAAGAUUUUGUCUGUCUGUUUUGGACUGAAGGGUGCUAUUUUUGGUGUUUUCUUAGCAGUCUGUACUGUGUGUGGUAGUGUGCAGUUUUUUCUUACAUUCAAUCAUGCAUUGAAACAAUGAGAUUGAAAUGUUUCUACUCUUAUUGCAUAAGAUAGUGCUUUUUUUUCUGUGCUUUCUAGCUUCAAGCGGCUAUAAGCUGCAGACCUAUAGGUUGCAAAAAUCCAAAGGAAGAUAAAUUUUGCAAGAUAAUUCUCAGUCUUUUUUUUUAAAUUUUUUUUCAAAAAAUAAAAUGGGAAAUGCACACGAUCAUUAAAUGAAUCUUGAGAUACAUAAAUUGUAUUGUCACUUUCCAUUGUAGGUGUUCCCAUAUUUUUAGUAGAUAAUAUGCAGUCACUGCAAUGUUGUAGAUAUGUUCAUUAGAUGCACAUUUGAUUAUUACUCAUAAAUUUCAGUUGUCUUUUUUUCCGUUAAGAUUGAUGGAGACUUAUAAUUUUUAAUUACUCAUUGGAAAAAAAAAACGAAAAAAAAAAUUCUUCUCUUUUAUGAAUCCAACUGUCAUUUUAGAUGUUAUGACCAAAGCAUUGUUUUGGGAGAAAAGGGGAAAUUUAUCUUUGCUUUUAUUUUCUCUUUUUUCUCUAAUUAAUGAGUAAUUACAGUCAGUGCAUUGAGGUAAGACACUUAAUAUAUAUUUUAAGUACAUGAGGCAAGUACAUAUCAGUGGGGUUAGUCUUUGUCUGGAAUUAUUCUGAAAUCUUGUCAUCUACACAGAUAGGAAAGCAAUUUAUUAGAUGUAGAUAGGUUCAUCAUAUGUUGUAGAAAUACUCCACUAAGGAGCGAAUUGUAAGCAGAUGGUUGUUAUGGGAUUUUGGUCAGUAACUUAUUCAUAUUAUUGGGUUAAACAUCAGUUAAGCAUCUCUUUAUAAAUUUAAGUGAAUGUGAUUCCUUGUAGCAAGUUUAAACAUUGCAAACCUGCAGACGGAACUUAUAAAUCAAAAGUUAUUUUUCUUGACCAGACUUUUGGAUAUUCUGUUGCCUAUUUGAUAUUCUGCCAUAUAUAUUUUCACUUCCAAGAUCUUUUGUGCCUUUUUUUUUUCUCCACUUGAUGCCCGUUUGAUAGUAACUACCUAGGGAAUAUUUUCUAUCAAAACCAUUAGGUUGACUGUGAUUUCAUCUUGCCAAAAAUAUAUUUAGAAAAACCCUCAUGGCAACAUUAUGAGCAAUGAAAAGCCAAUUUAAGUUGUUAUAUCAAGUUCUUGAAUUUAUAAAGGGAUGACCUUUACUGGAUGUUAGUAUGACUGUGCAUAAUGUUCGCUACCCGGUGACAUGUUAACAAAGUGAUGUAGAUCAGUGGUAACUGCUAGUCUUUUUCUCUCUUACUAGAUAAGUAGUAUUUUAGGUAGUUUCUUAUAUAGUGUUGUUAUUUUCCCAAUUGUGUUGGUGGCAAGGCUUUCUAGUCCAUAGUUGUUAUUAGUCCAAAAAAGUGAGCUCAUGUGGCAGCCAAGAGUGCUGUGUUUCAAGAUAACUUUUUGACCUCUCCCUGUAAGUGGUCAUUCUCCUGCUCUAACACACUGUUAAGUCUGUUCUAAUCAACUGAAAAAGUUGCAAAAGUCCAACGUCGAGGUCUUCAACUUUUAUUCUUUAAGUUUUUGUAGUAGAAAGUUAUUUCAACCCCUUAAGUCUACAACAGUUGAAUUAAUCAUUCGUAGUUUCCAAGUUGAAUGCGUUUCUGCCCAGCUUUUUGGGCAAAGAGGUAGAAAUUUGAAGGUUUUAAUACCAGACUGUUACUGUGAAAUGCCAAAGAAAGUGUGCGAAGUAGUGAUGUCUGAUGUAUAGUGCAUGUCGGAUAUUGUACAUGUACUUAAAAUGGUAAGGAGUAGAAAAAAAAGGUCUGCUAUUUGCUGUAUAUAUACAUAUAUACAUACAUAUAUAUCUAUCUAUAUAAGUAAUGUGGUCAUACGAGGUGAUGUUGAUAAUAUCCAGAUAAAUCUGGCUCAGAAACAUUGUUAUUAUUAUCAUAAUAAUCUACAUCAUUGGUACGUGAUUUAGUUGCUUAGACUGAUGUUUGAUGAUUACAACACACAAUGAAGAUGCUGGGAGAAGUUGACCGUGGGCACCAGUAUGUUAAAUAGGCAGCAUGUUGACUUGUGCUGUAACAUUGGACACCAGUUGAAGUUUAGAAACCGUACUAGAAGCGGUAUCAGUAGUAAUGUUAAUGCUUAUUGGAUUAUGUUUUGUAAACAUUGUUUACUAUUAUCAUUAUUGUUGUUAUUGUAAAUUAGGGUUAAGGUAUGUAUUAAAAACCAAAUUUUAUGAUGCCAUAUAUAAGAUUGAAGAUGAAGAGGAGGGAAGGUGGGUUGGAAGGGGGUGGCCAAGUGCCACGCGAGGAGGUAAACAGCUCAUGGGGUUUUCUUUAGAAAGUGCAUCGGAGUACAUGGCCCCCUAAACAAACAAUGCACUGCUUUUUUUUCCUACUGGAGCAUGUAAAUAAUGAAAUAGAUCAGUAGAUCUUAUAUAAUUAUCAAGUUGAGUAUUGCAUGUUGGUUACAUUAAAUUCAGAGAAAUAUGUCUGUCUUGUAUAUGCUUUGAGGUUACUUCUGUAAAUUGAAACUGUUCCAGAUGUUUUAAACAUCAGAUAAUAGUUUUUAGACUGUUUUUAUUAUUCAUUUCUCAAAAAUACUCCUGGAGUUUUUGUAACACUGUGGGUUAUGUCUCCUACCAUUAGCACAGCAUUGCAAGUAGCUUGCUUGAAUGCCAUAUCAUCUUUUUACUGAGUAGUUCUCAUAGAUAUGACGUCUUUUAUCUUAUGCAGAUGGAAGAAGAGCCGUUAUGUAUUAUAGGAUUCCAUUGUCGUGAAGUGUCACGGCUUUAAUUGCUUCUGCUUUACUAUACAGCCAGCCCUACCUCACUGUAUAAAAAUGUGUAGGCACUGUCCAUUUAUCUUAAUCCUCAGAGGGGAGACUAUUGUUUUUAAUUGUAGAUUGUUAAAAGUAUCACUUAUUAUGAUAAUGACAAUAAUUAAUAUUAUACUGUGGGUAUAGCUCUUAAUUCCUUCUUAGUAGACAGGCAGUACACGUAUGUGUGUGUAUACAUAUACACACAUUUAUGUACUGUAAAUAUAUAUAUAUAAACAUAUAUAUCAUAUAUGGCUCUUUGUUGGGCUAAAUACAUUGUAAGGAAAGGAGUGCACUGUCAUGCUCUUUAUAUUUAAACAGUGAUUUCAUCAUUUGUUCACUAAAUAUAUAUAUAUACCCCUGCAUGCUACUGUUGCAAGGCAUGUAAAUGUUUGCAACGUUGAGCAAGUGUGUCCAUAUAAUAAAUGUAUAGGUAUGUUAUAUAUGUGUAUCUCACCUGUAUAAGAUA